AUGAAUUUGGAUCUUCUAAAAGAAAUCGAUAAAUGGAAAGAUGUUAUGGGUGAGAUACGAAGUAAAAUAGCAGAGCAAGAACGAAGUAUCAGUAAUCGUAGUAAUAUGAUACCAUGGUUAUCACAUUGGGAUCGUCAACUUUAUAAGACAUUACAAUUGCAAUAUCAAUGGGGUAUCGAAAGUCUUCAUAAGCAAAUUCCGUUAAUUCAAGUUCAACUUGUGUUUAAAGAUCAGCAACUUGAAUUACGACCACCAUUAGAAGAAAUUCGUGCGAAAUAUUAUCGCGAAUUGCGAAAAUUUAUUAGUAUUCCACAGAAAUUUCGCGGUGUUCAAGAAAGUGAACAAGCUAAUGAAUUGUUUGCAAAAAUGAUCGAAUAUAACGCAAAUCGAUUUUGGAGUGUUUAUGAAAAAGCAGAACAACUAUUCGAAAAGCUUGUUAAUGUGGGAAAUGAAUUUGAGAACUGGGUUGUGCUAGGCCAAGUUGAUCUGGAAAGCUUAAUUACAAAACAUUUUAAACAAGCUGAAGACUGGGAAAAUCAAAUCAAAUUACUGAAGGUGAAAGGAAGAGAUGCUGAAAAACUGCCAAGUGAAGUAAAAUUGGAAUGUAUUAUUGUUUCAACAUCAGCCGUUAAAAUUGCUGUCGAUGAUAUGCUACAACGUCUCUUCGACACGUUAAUAUGGACGUUAAGAUAUUCCAUUAAUAAUGAAAUUCACGAUAUCAAUCGUUUCUUAAAUCAAGCAAUUGAAGUACUCAGUUCAAGACCACAAUCAGUUGCUGAAAUUGCAGAUGCAAAUCAGAAGCAUAUCGAAUUUGGAAAAUUUAAUAAAGAGCUGAAGAAAAUGCUUGAUUCAAUUGAGGAAAAAAAUGUUUUAUUACGAUCAGUUGGCGGAAGUGGUGCUGAACAAUUACCAAUUGUUUUAAAAUUAUGGGAGAAAUUUGAGCUAAUGUUAGAUAGCCAUCAGUUAAUGAUUAAAGAACAGGUGGAGACACUGAAAUCAAAUGUUAAAACACGUCUGAAAUCACUAAAUGAUGAAAUUGAAAAAUUAUUUGUUCGCUGGAAUCAAUUCAAACCAAAAAAUGAGCUUUUUGACGAUGACAGAAAUGCCUUACUUGGUGCAAUACAAUUUAUCAAAGAAAAACGUGAUGAAUUCGAUGAGUUACAACGAAAACGCGACGCCUUACUAGCAGAAUGUGAACAAUUUGAUAUCAACAAAUCAGAAAUGCCACUUUUUGAUGAAAUGGAGAUUGAUCUUAAAAAUUGUGAAAGUAAUUGGUUACUGUAUGAACAAUUUAAUGUUGGCUUACAAGAAAUGGCUAACGAAGAGUGGAUUUUGUUCAGAUCAAAAACUUAUCGUUUUGAUGAAUAUUUGCAUGAAUGGGAUGAUAAGUUGAAAAGUUUACCAGCUGCACAUAUUACUGUUCGUUUACGUAAGGACAUUGAUCAAUUAAAGGAAAUGAGUGCUGGUUUGAAAUACUGUCGUGGUGAAAUCUUAAGCAGUGAUCAUUGGCUAAUGUUAUUUCGAAUAUUGGGCAUGCCGAAAGGUACAACAUUGGAACAUUUGCGCUUUGGUGAUUUAUUGAAUGUUCAUAAAAUGAUCAUCGAAAAUUUGGAAGCAUUAAAAAAUUUAAAUGAACGUGCUCAAGGUGAAGUUACAAUUCGUGAAGCUAUUCAAGAGCUUGAACUUUGGGCUGAACAGGCAGAAUUUGUUCUAAUUGACUACAAACAUUCCAAUGGAACAGUUGUGAAAAUAAUCAAAGAUUGGAAAGAUGCAUUAAAUUCGGUGAAAGAUAGUGAAGCAUUACUGCAAUCGCUAAAAAAUUCUUCCUAUUAUGCUCAAUUUAUUGAUAAAACAUCAAUAUGGGAAACACGAUUAGCCGAAACUGAACAAUAUAUACAAUGGAUGAAUGAAAUACAGCGUAAAUGGAUUUAUUUGGAGCCAAUUUUUGGACGUGGAUCACUUCCAUCUGAAGCAUCACGCUUCAAUCGAGUUGAUAUUGAAUUUCGUACCGUCUUAAAUGAUGUGGUUGAGGAUUCACGUAUCGUUAGUUUGAGUACACGAACUUCUUUGAAGCGUACAUUGGAACAAAUUAUUGAUCAACUUAAUCGCUGUCAGAAAGCCUUAAAUCAAUUUCUUGAAGAAAAACGAAAUGCUUUUCCAAGAUUUUAUUUCUUGGGUGAUGACGAUCUGUUGGAAAUGUUAGGUCAACUGAUGAAUGAAACAGUAAUUCAAACACAUCUCAAAAAACUUUUCCAGGGAAUUCAUAAAGUUAAAUUUGGUGAUAAUGGUGAAACGAUAAUUGCAAUGGUUUCCGGUGAUGGUGAAACUGUUCAGCUGUCAAAACCAGUCAGAAUUAUUCCUGAAGCGGAAAAAUGGUUGCAAGAACUUUCGAAUGAAAUGAAAAAUACAAUCCGAAAAUUGAUCAUAAAUUGUGUUACUGAAACAUCACCUGAUCCAGGCAAAUAUCCAUCACAGGUUCUAUGUUUAUCGGAACAAAUUCGUUUCUGUGAAGCAUGUGAACGAAUUUUAAAUGGUAGAGGUGAUUUGCAAAAUUAUCAGAAACAAUUAAAACAGACAUUAGCAAAUUAUAUUAAUUCAAAAACAUCAGAUCAUGUUUUAAAACUUAAAUUAAAAGCACUUAUAAUGGAUGUAAUUCAUAAUAUAAGUAUUGUCGAUGAACUAAUCAACAAUUCACCUUGCACUAAAUCAUCAUGGAUUUGGCAAAAACAACUACGAUAUUAUCUGGAAUCAAAGGAUCAUGUGAUAAUACGACAUAUUAAUACACGAUUUGAUUACACUUACGAAUAUCAGGGUAAUGCACCAAAACUAGUUCAUACACCGCUCACUGAUAAAUGCUAUCUAACUCUUACACAAGCAAUGUCAAUGGGUCUUGGUGGUAAUCCAUAUGGUCCUGCAGGUACUGGAAAAACUGAAUCUGUCAAAGCACUAGCAAAUUUAUUUGGACGACAAGUUUUGGUAUUUAACUGCGAUGAAGGAAUUGAUGUCUAUUCAAUGAGUCGUAUUUUCAUUGGUUUGGUACAAUGUGGCGCUUGGGGUUGUUUUGAUGAGUUUAAUCGUUUAGAUCAGACAGUGCUUUCGGCUGUAUCAAUGCAAAUUCAGGUUAUUCAAGAUGCAAUAAAAUUACGAUCAGGAAAAUGUAUGCUGGCUGAUCGAAAUGUCCCUGUAGAUUUAAAUUCAGCAAUAUUCAUAACAUUGAAUCCGGUAAGCAAAGGAUAUGGUGGACGACAGAAAUUACCGGACAAUCUUAAACAAUUAUUUCGUCCAAUUAUUAUGUCUGUACCGGACAACGAACUUAUCGCAGAAACACUUUUGAGUGCGGAAGGUUUUUGCGAUGCAAAGAAGUUAUCACGAAAACUGGUAUCAAUCUUCAACCUUAGCAAGGAAAUGUUAAGUUCGCAGCAGCAUUAUGAUUGGGGUCUAAGGGCACUAAAAACAGUAUUGCGCAGCUGUGGUAAUUUAUUAGCUAAGAGAACGGAUAAAAAUGAAGUUCAAGUGGUUGUUGAUGCAUUGACAUUGAAUACAUUAUCAAAACUCACCUUUGAAGAUUCUAAACGAUUUAGCAUUCUGAUCGAUGAUGUCUUUUCAAAUAUUAAGAAAGACACCGUACAGAUUGACGAGUUGCUAGAACCAAUUAAAUUAGUUGCUGGUGAAUUGAAGAUAACGGUUACUGAUAUGCAGAUAAAAAAAAUCUUUGAAUUAUACGAUCAAAUGCGACAACGAAUGGGCGUAAUAUUGUUGGGUCCGAGUGGUUCAGGCAAAUCAACCAUAUGGAAAAUACUUCAAAAAGCUAUGUCACUAAUAAAUAAGCCAGUAAAAACUUAUCGUAUCAAUCCAAAAUCAAUGACAAAACAAAAACUUUUGGGAUACAUGGAUAUGGAUACACGUGAAUGGUCUGAUGGUGUGUUAACAACAGUUGCUCGAGAAGUUAUUAAAGAUAGUAAUGUAUUAGCAUGGAUUAUUUGCGACGGUGAUAUUGAUCCAGAAUGGAUUGAAGCACUUAAUUCGGUGCUUGAUGAUAAUCGUUUGCUUACAAUGCCAUCUGGUGAAAGAAUUCAGUUUGGAUCUAAUGUUAAUUUCAUUUUUGAAACCGAUAGUCUUAGUAAUGCAUCACCGGCAACAAUAUCACGAAUGGGUGUGAUACUUGUUAGCAAGGAAGAUAUGAGUGUUGAAGAUUUUAUUAGUAAUUGGCUUAAUGAAUACAGCGAUGUUCAUCCAGAUAUGUCCAUUUGGAUUCGUGAUCAUUUCUACAGAUGCUUAGAUUGGAUUUUGACGAAAGGAACCAUUGAAAUAAGCGUAAGUAAAAUUGUUAUAGUGAAAAAUGCAUUGAGUCAUUUAACAGAUGUGACAACAUGCGAUGAAUUUUUGGUAGCAUUGUAUCGUGGAUUAGCUCCGAACAUUAAUUCAAAAUUUCGAAAUCAAUUUGCUAUUGAGGUUGUGUUCAAUGAAGUAAACUUGCCGGAUAAGCAAAAUCCCGGAAAUGUUUACUACGACAAACGAACAAAAUCAUUGUUAGCUUAUACAGAUGAAAUGAAUAUGACAAAUAACAGUGAUCAAUUAUUAAAUAUGGAUCGUCCCUAUAUUUUAACUGCUAAUGCUCAAGCUAAUCGUGAUAUUAUUUCAUCAUGGCUAAAUAAUCGUAACAGACAAUCUUUUAUAAUAUACGGUCCAGAUGGUAGUGGAAAAGAAUGUUUGUUACGAUACUGUUUGGCAUUGGAUCCAAAUAGUCAAUUAAUGGUACUUCAUUGUAAUGCUCAAACAGGAUCUCAACAAGUACUCGAUUUAUUACAGCAGUACUGUGUACAAAUUAGCAGUGCAUCUGGAAGAGUGCUUAAACCUAAAGAGAAGCAAAAUUUGGUCUUUUAUAUAAAAUCAAUUAAUGUUGUAAAGCCGGACAAAUGGGGUACUUGUGAAAUAAUCGCUUUUCUACAACAACUUCUCACAUAUAAAGGAUAUUAUAAUGAAAAAUUAGAGUGGAUUUCUUUGGAAAAUAUUCAAUUAGUAUUAUCGAUAACGUUGGCUAAUGACGAAAGUCAUUGUCUUCUACCACCACGUUUCAUUUCUUUACUUAGAAUCUGUACAAUUGAAUAUCCAACAAAGGAAGAGCUUAUAACCAUCUAUUCUUCAUAUCUAACAUUUUUGUUAAAAGAUUCAGCUGAACCAUUAAGGUAUCGAUUAAAUGAUUUAGCAAGUAUUAUGGUGCAUUUGUUUAAUGACAUACGAAAUUCAUUCAAGUCAACCGAUAAAACACAUUAUGUGUUCACGCUAAAAGAUUUAUCAAAUUGGGUAUUUUCUCUUACAAGAUACGAUAUUACUGGUACUAAUGCUGGUGAAAAAUUUUUGUGCUCAAUGUUAUAUGAAUGUCGACGAAUUUUCAAAGAUCGUUUGGUGAAUGAUGAACAUAAACAAAGAUUCGAAGAUAUUAUUAGGAAUAAUUUAUCGUCAGCUACAGUACACAGUGAUGAAGAUAACUUAUACGUAUCAGCUCGAGGAGCUCUCGCAAUAACCAUGUUGAAAGGUACACCAUUAUCGAUGGUACCACGUAAAGAGUACGCUAAACUUUUACAACAAGCAGUUAAUCGAUACGAAUUCGAAAUUGCAAAUUUUAAAAUGCCAAUUUUUGAUGAAUUUGUCAAAUUAUGCUCUCAAAUUGAUCGAGUAAUCACAACACCCGGUGGUUCAUUAUUGUUAGCUGGAAGAGCUGGCAUGGGAAGACGUGAAGCUGCAUCGCUUGUUGCAAAUAUGCAUCAAAUGCCUGUGUUCUCGCCAAAGUUGACAUCAUCUUAUGGAAUCAAACAGUUUAGAAAUGAUUUGAAAACGGUUAUCCAGGAUGUAGCAAUAAAUGGAAAACAUAUUGUUUACAUUAUUGAAGAUUAUCAGCUACUGCAUGAUGCAUUUCUGCAAUCAAUAAAUUCAUUAUUAUCAUCUGGUGAUAUUCCUGGAAUAUUUACUACUCAGGAAUUUGAUAGCUUUUUGGUAAGCUUACGUGAACAAGCUUCGCAAGAUGCAUUCCAGGGUGACUUGUAUUCUUAUUUUGUUAUGAAAGUAAAAGCAAACUUGCAUAUUAUUCUUAUUUUAAAUGUUGAUGACACUAAUUUUUCACUAAAAUGCUCAUCAAAUCCAUCGUUAUAUAAAGAAUGUUCAAUCAUUUGGAAUGAAACAUGGAAUAAAAAUGCUUUGUCACAGUUAUCGGAAUUAAUUUUAUCACGGCACAACAUCAAAGCAGCAAAUGACAUACUAAUUGCUUUUGGACAAAUUUAUCAUCAGUGUCCAUCGGAAAUAGCACCACCAGCAAAAUAUAUUCGAUUUAUCGAAAACUAUGCUUGUAUUUUGAAUAAAAAACGAACUGCUAUUGAAACACGAUCUAACAGACUAAAAGCCGGAAUCGGUAAAUUAACGGAAGCUCGAGAGUCUGUUUCCAAUAUGCAAAAAAAAGCUGCUAAAAAAAGUAAAUUAUUGGCUGAAAAACAAAGUGACGCAGAUAUGGCACUGAAAGCAAUAUCACAAAGCAUGACGAAUGCAAAUUAUCAACGAUCUGAUAUGGAGCAGCUUAAAUUGGCUACAGCGAAAGAAAAUGAAAGGAUUGAGAAACAGAAAAGUUUAAUUGAUGAACAAUUACGUGAGGUAGAACCUAUAUUACGUGAAGCACGUGAAGCAGUUGGUUCUAUUAAAUCGGAAAGCUUAUCUGAAAUCCGAAGUUUACGAGCUCCACCGGAAGCAAUCCGAGAUAUUUUACAAGCUGUAUUAUUAUUUAUGGGUAUUUUUGACACAUCCUGGGAAGCUAUGAGAAAGUUUUUGGCCAGAAAUGGAGUGAAAGAUGAAAUAAUUAAUUUUGAUGCUCGAAGAAUUUCACCUGAUGUCAACAAAAGAGUUACCGCUCUUAUAAAAAGCAAGCAAUCAUCAUUUGAUCCAAAGAAUGCAAAACGUGCAUCAGCAGCAGCUGCACCAUUAGCUGCAUGGGUUCGAGCAAAUUUAGAUUAUUCGACAAUUUUGGAGCGUGUUACUCCAUUGCAAAAAGAGAAAAAUGAUUUGAUUAAGAAUUUAAAUGAAGCCGAGAAGCAAAUGGAAAAAUUAUCGAAAGGUUUAGAAACAGUCGAUGAACGAGUUGCUGAAUUGAAGCACAAUUUCGAAAUGCAUAUGAAGGAAGCAACACAAAUAAAAAUUAAUUUAGAUAAACAGCAAGAAACGAUUAAUGUUGCUGGUACUCUUAUAGAUCGACUUAGUGGCGAAUAUGAGAGAUGGCAAGAGCAAAUUGGCAAUUUACAAAAUGAACUUGAUUGUCUGGAAAAAGGUUCUCUUUUAUCUGCUGCUUUUGUAACAUUUCUCGGUUCAGAAUCAGAGCAAGUUCGAAAUGAAAUUUUGAACAAAUGGAAGGGACUUCUCAAUUUGAACAAUUUCAGUACACUUGAAUUUUGUGUUAUGGAAACCGAGAAGUUGAAUUGGAGUAAUAGAGGACUUCCAACUGAUGCACUUUCACAGGAGAAUGCUAUGAUCUUAUUUAAUACUACGGAAAUACCACUAAUCAUCGAUCCUAGCGGACGUGCAUCCUCAUUUCUUAUGAAACAUUUGAAAGAUAAACAAGUGGAAAAAGUAAAUGCAAAUGAUUCUAACUUCCUUAUUCAGGUUGAACUUGCUGUUCGUUUUGGCAAAUUGUUGCUUAUCGAUGAUGUAAAUAAAAUUGAACCUACUCUCAUGAAUAUUCUUCGAAAAGAUUUUUCAAGUCAAGGACCACGACGUAUUGUUCAAAUUGGUGAAAAAGCUGUUGAUUAUAAUGAUAAUUUUCGAUUGUAUAUCUGUUCUAAGAAUAAUUUAUUGCAAUUGGAUCAAGCAUCUAAGGCAGCUGUUACUUUAAUAUGUUUCAGUAUCACACAAACUGGUCUUGCAUCUCAGAUGCUCGGAUUGGCAAUACAAAUCGAAAAACCGGCUUUGGAAACACGUUUGAAUGAAUUGACUGGUGAUGUGGAACAAAUGAAAAUUAAACUUGAUGAUAUUGAACAAUCACUUUUGCAAACAUUGGCUUCAUCCGAAGGAAGUUUAUUGGAUAAUACGGAUUUAUUGGAUUCUUUAAAUAAAAGCAAAGAAAAUGCAGAAACGAUUGCAGCAUCACUAGCUGAAGCUGAUAAAUUGCAAAAACAAUUUGUUAAAGAAAAAGAUAUAUAUCGACCGUUAGCAGAAGCUACAAGUAAUUUAUAUUUUAUUAUUCAGGAUUUACACAAACAAGAUCCUAUGUAUAACUUCAACCUUAAUACUGUAAUAAACCUAUACAAUCGUACAUUCAGCAAAAUUAAAGAAAGUACAGUGGGACGAAUGGAAAAAUUACGACGAUUACUGCAACACACAGUCUAUGAAUAUGUAUCACGCGCACUUUUCAAAAAAGAUCGUUUAAUGUUUUCAAUGCGAUUUAUUCAUGGAAUACAACCAUCUCUUUUUGCGCAAAAUGAAUGGGAAUUAUUUACUGGUUUAAUUGUUGAUGAUACCACCGCUUAUUCCGUAGAAGAGAUUGGCUGGAUCAGUAGUGAACGAAAAGCAAAUGUUGCUAAAUUGCAGAAAUAUUUGCCGACAUUAUUUAACAAUCUUCGCUUUACGGAUCAAGCAUUGUGGAGUGAAUUUGCUCGCACGAUAAACUGCGAAACAGCAUUUCCACCUGCUAUCGAUGCAGUUUUAACAGCAUUUCAGAAAUUACUUGUUAUUCAGGCUAUUCGACCAGAGAGACUUUAUUCAACUAUGAUUAGCUUUGUUACUAAUAUAUUAGGAAUUCCAUCAAUCAAUCCAUCACCACUAGAUUUGAAGUCGAUCUAUAAGUCAGAAAGCAAUGAAAAUGAGCCGAUCAUGAUAUUGAUUAGUCCCGGUGCAGAUCCUUCACAAGAACUGGAAGAAUUAGCUCGAAAACAAAUAUCAAGUGCGAAAUUCUAUCAAAUUUCGAUGGGUCAAGGACAACGACAAGCUGCUCUUGAAGCAAUUCGAACAUGUGCGACAAAUGGUGGUUGGGUAUGCUUGAAAAAUUUACAUCUUGCCAUCAAUGAUUUAGCGGCAAUCGAAAAGGAAUUUUUAGCAUCAAAACAUGAUCCUAAUUUUCGUCUAUGGUUAACAUCUGAAUCAAAUGAACAUUUUUCACCGCAGCUACUGCAAACUUCAUUGAAAAUUGUUUACGAAGCACCACCUGGAAUUAAGAAUAAUAUGAAAAGGAUUUAUGCUCAAUGGCAACAAUCUGAGCUCAAUUUUAGUGCUUUUUGUUUGCAAAGUUUAUUUAUGUUAGCUUGGUUACAUGCACUUCUACAGGAGCGACAAAUGUUCAUACCUGAGGCUUGGUCGAAAUUUUAUGAAUUUAGUAACAGCGAUCUACGAGUAGCCAAGAAGUUUGUUGAAGAAGUUACAAAAGAUGACAAAGCUGCUAAUUGGCAAUUAUUACGUGGUCUUAUACAAACAGUUGCGUAUGGCGGACGUAUUGACAAUGAUUUUGAUAUGAAUGUUUUAGUUGUUUAUUUGAAACGCUAUUUCAAUUCAUCCAUUAUUGGCAUGAAUGCUUCUGAAAUUGCUCAUAACAUUACUGUCCCAUUUUCAACCAAUAUUAUGGAUUAUAUUAACAUCAUUAAUACAAAUAUACCUGAGGGAGACAAUCCGGCAUUAUUUGGUUUAUCCUCAAAUAUAAGUACUGCGCGUGAAAUGGCGGAAAUGAAUAAAACAAUUCUGCAAAUACGUAGCAUGCAAAUUUCUGUGGCUACCGAAGUUACAUUUGAGAGGAAUGUAUGGAAUAAAGCUUUGAAUCCAAUUAUAACACUUUGGAAGCAGCUCAAUUCUCAAUCAACAUUACACUCCAUGAAUGUACCAUUGAUACAACAUACUGAUGAUCUCAUUCUCGAAAUUAUUUCUCUGGAAUAUGUUCAUGCAAUAACAUUGGUUCAAAAAGUGCAUAAAUACCUUGGUGCAAUAAGUAAAUGUUUACGUGGCAUACAAUUAUUCACAUCAGAAAUUGCUAAUGGUGCACGAGCAUUAAUGAUGCAUCAAACACCAGAAGAGUGGCAAGAAGCAUGGAGAGGUCCAUCGGAUCCAGCUCAAUAUUUAUCACUUUUAAUACAUAAAGCUAAAUCAAUCGAACAAUUAUCACAUAUCAAUGAUAGCUAUAAAAUAUUAGCUAAUCCAAUCAAACUUGGCAAUAUUUUUCGACCUACUGCAUUCUUUAAUGCUUUACGGCAAUUAACUGCAAGGAAAAAACAUAUAUCUAUGGAUGAAUUAAAAUUAGGUACUGCAUGGAAUGGUGCAUUUCUGAAGAAUGAAAAUGUAAUGGAAAUAUCCGGAAUUCACAUUCAGGGAGCUUUAUUUGAAGAUCAUAUCGUUGAAAUAAAACAGACAUCACCAACUGUUGCAACAGCUCCAAAUCUUUACAUUGCUUGGAUAUCUGCGGAUGCUUCGGAUGUGUAUGAAAAAGAUAAAUCAAUAUUUGUACCACUUUACGCAACACCUGAACGAAAUCAGUUAAUUGCUAAAGUUCAAAUGCCAUGUACUAAAAAUCCGGACAAAUGGAUUAUUGCUUCAGUUGCAUUAUUUUUAUCAAAUCAAUAG